AUGGAGGAGGUGGACCAUCUUCAGACUGUCACACAGCAACUCUGUGCUGUACAGCCUGCCACACCUUCUGCCUCCACAGCCAGCAAUCCCUGCUCUACCCCUACCUCAACCUUGCCACAGCCUGUGGCAAGUACAUCCACUGCUCCGUCCUCUGCUCCGUCUUCUGCUCCUCACACCCGCAGGGAGGGUGCCGUGACUGUUCCGUCCACUAGACGUGGGAGCCUCACGCCCAACUUAGACCACCUGUUGGACUUAUUUGAAGCAACCCUCUUAGGGCCCAAAGCAUCACCAAAGGCACCGAGGAACAUUAAGCAGAGGAAAGCUUAUGUCAGAAAGUUCCUCCUCUAUAUGUCAGGAAGGGGCACUGACAUAAAUAUGACCCUGUUGUUUUUAAAUGACAUGGUAAAACUGAAUGGGUACCUCAAUCAACUCAGUUCCACACUGAAGCCCACGAGCCAGAAACAUGUCCUUAUAGACAUAGAGACGUUCCUGAAGUUCGUGAGGCUGGCUAAUGUACCCAAAGUGCGGAUGACUAUUAAAACCAUCACGUACAUUUUGGACAAGUUGGCUGCGUGGAAAAAGGGGUUAGGGGCACAAAUCGUCCUGCAGAGAUUGGAAUAUAAAAGAAAAAAGAAAGCUAAACUGAUGGCAAGCAAGGACAUUCUGCCAUUCACUAAGCUGGCAGAAAACGGACUUGAGCUUGCCAUCCGUGACCUCAGCACAGACCCGAGCAACAUGCGCUACCUGGCCCAAGCUGUUGGUCUGUUGGUGGGGGUUGUGGCUGCCACAACGGGCCACAGAAAGUGCGUCUUCCUGGGCAUGACAACAGACGAUGUGUCGAAAGCCCAGGCAUACAAAAAGAGCUUCGCAAUCAGGGUUGCUGAUCACAAGACAGUGGAGACGUUCGGCCCGGCAAUGGUGACAGUCACUAAAGCCAUGAUGGGACACCUUACCAGGUCUGGUAAAGAAAUGGAGAAAAUGGGUGUGUUCUUCACCAAAGCAUGGAAAAACUUUGGUCUUCCAGGGGCCCCAACUCUACAGGACCUUCGCACGGCGAUAUCAACAUGGGUUGAUAGCUCUCUCACCUCUGAGGAGACAGAGAAAGUGAACAGGAGCAUGUGCCAUGACCCCAAAACAGCCCAAGUGGAGGGCCAGGAGGAGGCGGAGGAGGAGGAAGGAGGAGACCCUAACCCUGAGGACUCCCCUGCGGAGAGUCAGGAGGAGGAGCAGCAGCAGCAGGAAGACAACUUCCAACAGGGGGACUCUGAGGUGGAGGGCCAAGAGGAAGAGGGGUUCCAGGCGGAGGACACUGCUGAGGUUACACCUGGGGGGGGGGGGGGGCAGCCUACAGAUCCAGGGAAGGAAACAUGUCACCUGACAUUGUCUUCGGGUGAUGAGGGAAAUAUGGACGUGGCCCCGGGCCCCUUAAGGAAGACAGAGACAUCAGCGAGUAGUGAGACAUCAGAGGGUGAGGACACUAACAGUGAGGCAUCGUGUAGCGCGGUGGAGUCAUGGACUGACGAUGGCUCAUUUGACUAUGAUAAGGUGCCCGACUCAGAAACAGAAGAUUCUCUGUGA